CUGCACGAGAGUGUUCAGCUCUACUGAUAUUCAUAUCUCCUCAUUUUGGAUAUGAAUAAAACAUCAGGUCACAUCUCUCUUAAUUUAAAUCUAGAAACCUCUAUGUGAAAACACCUGCUCGAGCUCGACUAAAGUGCUGGGGACGAAUUUACAUUUUAUUAAAAUUCAUAUUAAAAAUACAGCUAACAUACUUCUACACAGCAAUAUAAACAAAGGUGCUUGUUCUCUUUCGUUCUUGCUGUUUAAUUGUGAAAGAUUUAAAGCGCGUCGAGGUGUCUUGUCUUUUUUAUAUUAUCUGACUAAAAACUAUUCAUACUUUUAACUAUUAUUAUUACAGUAUUUCUUUAAAAAAAACGUAGAGUACCUUAAAAUAAUUAUCACAACACUGGUAAAACAGGCUUAUACUGAUUUUCUCGUCCUCCGAAUUAUACUUAUCAAUCCUGUUUUUAUAAUCAUUAUCAUUCAAAUGAAUAAAUUCAGAACAGGAUUAGAAUAGAAUUCUAUUUUAAAUAAGGCAGGAAUAUUUUUUUCUACAACAACAACAGUAGUGUUUACAACAGCAAAACCACCAUACCCUGUAAACUCAAUAACAACAACAACAACAACAAUAAUAAUAAUUAGUAAAUGAUGUUUAUCUGAAAGUGUAACAAGGCAAACAGGUUUUCUGUAAGGGGUAGGUUUAGGGUUAGGGGAUAAAAAAAAAUCAUUUAGUCAGUAUAAAAGUAAUAGAAGUCUAUGGAAGGUCCCCACAAUUCACAGAAACAUGAGUGCGUGCGUGCGUGUGUGUGCGUGUGUGUGUGUGUGUGUGUUUGUGUUCACUACUGCUGUGAGGACAAAAUCUGAAUAUGGGUUACCAUACUUGGCCACGUCAUGUCAUGUAUUUUUUAUUUUUCUAAAUUAUAAGCGGUGCAAAACGUGAAUAAAGGUUUAGAAUAAUGGUUUAGAAUGACCCAGGGUUAAUUAUUGCAAGUGCGAAGCCCUACAUUUGAAAUACUAGUAAAACAUAUAAUACUUAUGAUGAAAAAAGCCUGCUGGACAGUUACUAGAAUAAACCUGUUUGCACUGUUUAAUGUGUGCAGCUAGUUUUCCUGACUGGGCCGUACUCUCCCGCUGGCUGCCUGACUAACACUUUCCAUUAGAACUAAAACCUCUGUCUAUGUGAGUUUCACUUCCUCUGAUGGACUCGGUGUCGUUGCAUUGCAAUGUCCUGCACAGUCUAAAAAAAACUGAUCUGAUGUAGAAUCAUCAAAGGGUGUGUCUUUGCACAUGUGAAUUGAAUAUAUGUACUUUUUACCCCUUCUCGUUUGGAUGCGAGAUGAGAAAGUCGCUUUGCACUGGCACCUAGUUAAAGUGUGGUUAGAUGAGUCUGGUUACAUUGUGGUCACCAUAUGCAAACUAAUUAUUCUUUCACAGGUCCAUCAGCAAAUGAAGCUUGCUGUUUCAACUCUGACAUGUCAGGAACUUUAACAAAAGAGUCUGUUUUCUAAGUAAAACUUCCUUAUUCCUCUGGGAUUUCACUUCACUUUCGCUCCCCGAUGAGCUACUUUUGAUCAUUUAUAGUACUGUGCUUGUAAAUGCUGAACCUUCGCUUCCCGCACACUACAGUGUUGGUGGAUGAAACGCCUGCGCUCUUGCACUAGAUCCUGGUGGUGGGAGGUGCAAACACAUUUAGAGCCCAGAAAGCCCCUAAACCUCAAGCACAGCUUUCAGAAGGCGCUUCUUAAAGGUCUCGUCACCAAAGCUCUUUGUGUGUUGUUAUUUCUGCAGAUAUGCACAGACUGAGAGACUCAGAGCCGUUGCUGUGAGGAAGUCUAUUUUCUCUCUCUUCUGUUUCUCUGUAUCUGCUGUCACGGAUGCCUCAGUCUGUCGUCUAAACUUCUGGACAUGAACGUCUUUCAAGAGUCCUGCUGCUCCAUUUUAGUAGUUCUCCUGGUUUUCCUUGUCCAAGGGUCGUGUGUUGAUUCAGAUGCAGAGGUUCUGCACAAAGCUGUUGGAGACUCGCUGGAAUUAACUGCUGAUUAUCCAAAAGAUGAUCUUGAAGUACAGUGGAAAUAUAAUGGGAAUAUUUUUGCUGAGUAUCAAAAAAAAUAUUUCAAAACAGUUGAACCUGAAUUAUUUCACGGAAGGUUAAAGAUGAAUGAAGGCAAUAUUAGCAUUACAGUAGCAGACCUUAAACUCCAGGAUUCUGGAAGCUUCUCUAUUGUUGCAGAAGGAAAAUCUACACAAUACAAAACAAAAUUCAUUGAGCUACGUGUUCAUGAUCUCAUCAGAGAGGUAAAGAUUGAGUACAAUGUUUCCUGGCUGCAAUCGCAAAACAUCUGCACAUUUCAUCUCUGGUGUCUGGAGUCCGGUGACCAGAAUCCCUCGUACAGCUGGACCGGUCAUCAGAUCCAGACUCAAGGAUCUCACCUGAAUAUCAGCCUCCGUCCAGCUGAAAACACCACACUCAACUGCACAGCCGACAACACCGUCAGCAUCAAGUAUACUACUGAGACUGUAGUGUGCACAGAGACAUCAAAAACUCCAAGUAUGUCAUCAGGUUUUCCGCAGAAGUAUUUGCUGAUCGCUGUAGGCGUCGGUAUCGUCGCUGUUGUCAUAUUCGGUGGUGCUCUCGCCGUGUGCUGCAGGCGGAGGAACAAUAAAGGACAAGGAGAAAGUGAGGCUGGUAUUACAGUCUAUGAAGACGUGAACACUGAUGCCACUGCAAAGAAACGCUCUGAAAGUGUUACAAAUGGGAUGUCCAUUUAUGAAACGGUGAAUGACAUAAAACCCUCACAAGGCUUGCCUCAAACCCUGUAUGACAAAAUCAGCUAUCAGCGUCACCCUGCAGUCAGCCCCAGCACUUCCUCCCCUUACCAGGAUGUCCUGUGAGUGAGACACAGACAGACGGUUCAUGUAGCGUUUUGUCCUCUUGUUUCUGGACCGGGUUAACCAGCCUCCCAUAAGUUUUAUUGGCUGCAUCGGUUGACCUUUGAACUCUUGCAUUAAAGGUGCAGUGUAUUAUAUGUAUCAUGUUGAAACACUUUUUUAUAAAGUGUGCAGAAUACACAAUGCAACACAGUAUUACAUUACACACACUACCAUUCAAAAGUUUGGGCUCAGUGAGAUUCUCUAUAGCUUUUGAAAGAAGUAUUUUAAGCUCAGAAAGGCUGCAUUUAUUUGAUCAAAAAUACAGUAAAAACGGUGAAAUAUCAUUACAAUUUCAAGUAAACUGAUUUGAAUAUAAGCUCAAAUGUAAUUUACUCCUGUGAUAAAAGCUGAUUUCUCAGCAUCAUUACUCCUGUCUUCAGUGUCACAUGAUCCUUCAGAAAUCAUUCUGAUUUGCUGCUCAAGAAACAUUUCUAAUUAUUGUUGAAAACAGUUCAUAUUUUCCUGGAAACUGUGACACAUUAUAUUUCUCAUGAUUAUUUGAUAAAUAGAAUGUUCAAAAGAAAUGCAAUUAUUUGGAAUAGAAUCUUCUGUAACAUUGUAAAUGUCUUUACUGCCGUUUUUGAUAAAUUUAAUGCAUCCCUACUGAAUAAAAGUAUCUUACGGUUUUUCUUUAAAAAUCAUUGUUGAAUCCAAACUUUUGAAUGGUAGUGUAUUUUUCUACACGUUCCUGUACAUGACAAAUACUUAAAAUUGCUUAGUUUCACUUAUUGAUACGCAUUAAAUUCAAAAGUAAAGCAAUAAUAUUGAGACUAAAGACACAACAACCCGAAACGGUUUAGCGAUGAUUGAAAUCAUCUAACCUCAAGACGCCUGUGUGAAAGUAUUUAAGUGAAGUUUUUGAAGUUGUUGUUGUUUUUCUUAAUAACAUCAUUCCAUCACACUCUACAGUUGUCUGUUCUACAAAUCUAGUGAAUCUGUAACAUAACAAGAAUAAACAUGUAUAGUUUCUGCAUGUUUUUAUGGUAUUUAAACAUGUUUAGUAUGUUCACAGCUUGAAUGUUGUAAUUGAUCCAGUUAAAGCCUUCUUGUGAC